AUGCGCGAUGUUCUGUUCCAGCUUGGGCCGGCCUACACGAUCCUGCUCAUCGCAAGCGUAUGUAUGGCUGCGCUAUGCUACACCCGAAUUCGCACGGUCAUCGCGUACCGUCGUGCGGUAGCAGUCUCCAAGGAUGGCGUUGUACCCUCACCACUGAUCCCAUACUCUAUCCCAUGGUUUGGCCACACUUUGCGAUUCCUCGAGAAAGGACCGGAUCGAUGGUACCAUCGCCAAACACUGCACCCUCUUCAUGGCGUCUAUUCGAUGGUCAUAGGCGGCCAGAGGACUCACAUUGUCAGCAAUCCGACAGCUACGAGACAUCUGUUCCGUCAUGCAUAUACCAAAGGACUCAGCAGGGAGGCUUUCGUCCGUGACCUUUUGGUCAAAUGUCUGUUGGUGUCCCCAAACGACACCUCGGUUAUUAAUACAGGUAACGGAAGAAAGAACCAAGAAGAUGUGUUUCACAAGUACCUGGCACGGCAGGAAUCCGUGAAUGAGCUCACAUCGACGUUUUCGACUCUCUUGAUGCGAUCCUACGAAGCCGUUCCAGAUCGGCUCGACAAUGGAUUGGAGAAUGUUCUGCUGUACCAUUGGAUCCGGAAACAGAUCUUUUCCACAUCGUUGAAGACUUUCUUCGGUGGAGAGCUUGUGAAGAUCUAUCCCCAGAUCUGUGAUGACAUAUUCCACUUCGACGAAGACUUGUGCACCUUCUUCUUUGACUUUCCGCGGAUCUUCAACCGUGCUGCUUGGACUCGCCGACGGCGUAUGCUGGACAGUCUCAUGAGGUGGGAUGCCCACAUCCACAAGUUCGGCAAAAGAGCGACCCAAGACCCUGCAGAUUCGGAUUCCUGGGAUCCAAUACUUGGGUCUCGGUUCAACAAGGCCAGAAUGCAGCUUUAUGAUGACUUCAAUCUUUCSAUGCAAUCAAGAGCGGGCAUGAAUCUCUCCAUCAUGUUUGCAUUGGCCAGCAAUGUUGUUCCGGCAAUCGCUUGGGUCAUGUUUCAUCUUCUCGCUGGACCGAAUAGCGGCAAUCUCCUAAGCAAAGUGCAAGAAGAAUUGAACAUGGCGACAAAGCCAGACGGAUCCCUCGACGUGUCAGCGCUGCUCUCAGGCACGCCGAUGCUGCAAAGCAUGUGGACGGAAGUUCUGAGGCAUUAUUGUGACAACAUGAUCAUGCGAGAGGUCGUCGAAGAUACUGUCAUCCCACUAGAUGACCAGGGAAUUAGAUAUUUUCAAGUUCAGAAGGGUAAUAUGGUUAUAUCUCCUUGUUGGGUUCCUCAGCACGAAGCUAAGAACUGGAAGAACGAUGAGCUUCGGCAACAACCAGAUUCAUUCGUCCCGGACCGCUUCGUCGGGGAGCAUCUCGACAGUGCAAAGGCCAAUGCGCUGGCCGGAGUGCCUAAUACGAAAAUGUAUCCCUUUGGAGGAGGAAAGUCCAUUUGUGCCGGCCGAUUGUUCGCCAAAGAGGAAGCGAUAAUUGCCAUCGCACAGACACUCUCGACGUUCGACUUCACAGUCCAUGGGUUUGUCGAUGGGAAUGGGAAGCCGAGGGAUGAAUUUCCGGGACUCAAGCCAUCUCUGCCUGGCGUGGUUGUAUAUGCUCCUGACGGCGACUUGUUAGUUACAAUUCGAAGGCGAGUGCCCAUGGCGUAA